AUGAGAAUAGAGGUUCAAGGGAAGUAUUUGCAGGCAGUGUUAGAGAAAGCACAAACUAAUUUUUCUCAAGAUGGACAAGGCAAUCUUGAAGCAUCAAAAGUUCAAUUAGAUGAAUUCAACUUAGCUUUGUCAAAUUUCAUGGAAAAUAUGAAUAAUAAAGAUAGUAAAGAAAACAUAGUAGGCAUGAGUGAAUAUUAUGAUAAGAAUCAUAGCUCAUCUUUCAAUUAUCAAGAAGUACUAGGGGAAGAAGAAAAGAAGGAUCUAAAACCUCAAGUUGAAGGGGGUUCAAUACAGCUAGACUUAAACAUCAAGGGUAAUGAAGUUGCAUAUGCAAAUGGAGCUGAAAUGGAAUCAAAGAUGGUUUCAUAUAGGGUAUACCAUUUUUGA